AUGGCGUCGUCGCCUCCAAGGCCUCAGCUCAUGCGGAAGCAGAGCUCACAAUCGUCGCACUCGUCAGCCACGAGGCCUAACAUUAGUCCGGUCAGUGGCGGCGAGCAUCUCGUGCGGCAGCAUGUGAAGCCGCGUGCGCACGCGAAGAUGGUGCUACCUCGAAACCACAGCAGUGCGCGCAACUUAGUCAAGAUGGCUCGUCAGGUACAGGCUCCGCACAUGACUACUGCCACCGAAGAGGGCCGCAAGCAUCACCGCAACCACUCCCACGAGCACGACACUGAAAUCCGCCUGCCCGGCAGUCUCGACGAGAGUCGGCCAGCCAUGCGACGCAAUCACACCGCAUACCAGCUGCCCCGCAAUGCCUCGCAUGCGAAGCUUAAGAAGAAUCUCUCCCAUGGCCAGCUGAAUCGUUUGCCUUCCGGCAAGAAUCUUGUAGCGCUCGCCUCUGCCCAGCAGCGCGCUCCUACAUCUCCGCGAUUGAAGGGAAGGCAGAAGAGGCCGAAAUCUGCCGAAACAAUGCCUCUAGAUAAGAACUUGCAAGAGCGCGAGGUCGAGGUCGAACAGCAAUCAAAGCAGGGUGGCCCGGCCAAGUCCCGAGCAGAGGACUCGAAGAAGGUUGGGUUCGACGUUGGCGACGAGUCUGAUGAAGAUGAUUCUCCCGAAUUUGAGGACGGCGAGCAGCAUGAGGAUGAGUGGACAGAGGAGAGCGCCAGCGCAAGCCCGUACAGCACACGUCAGAAUACAGCCAACAACUCGCGAAGGCCCAGUGUGGCAACAGACAGACCUACUGUUAAGUCGCCGCCACUACAGCUAUUGAAAAAGGUCAACACUCGUGUGCUGCAACAUGCGCAGGUCGUCCAGCAAGCAGGCGCAAUGGACGCCCCUGUUCAGCGAUUAAGAGAUGUCGGGAAAGACUUGACGUCGAGGGAAGCUGAUCAUAACAAACAAGGAGCCGACGUCGAAGAAGCCAAGCAGAGCGAGAUUCCUAAAGCUGCUACAGGAAUGAAAGCCGACGCUGCCUAUAGAGCGGCACAGGAAUUAAAGGCAGAGUUGACCUGCCCAUCCUCAUCCAAGACCGAACAUGACAACGAUUAUGAGUCUGAUGGCGCGAGUGUCGACACUGGUUCACCGAGCCCACGUUCGCACCCCAAAGCUUCUGCUCGGGACAGAUCAAAUACUGCUCCUGCUCCCGCCCUCUCUAGUCAUAAGGCAACCAGCAAGACACCAGUGGCUGGUCGGACUGAACAAGUCACACAGCCAGCACAACGGGCCAUGCCGCCUCCUGACUCACGACAGACUUCUGGGCAGUAUGWCAAGGAACAUGUGAACCCCACCACCCGGCGAGUCACUCAGCAGGCGCCGGCGCCAGCGAUCGUCAGCAACGUUAGCGCACUAGACGACACCCACAGCAGUCGAGGGUCGCCCGCGCCGUCUUUGCGAUCUUCCAAGUCCAUCAUUGCAGAUGGCUCUGGUGAUCGCGACCCUGACGAGCUCGUCUCACGCUUUGUGCCGAGCACAUCCCACCCGUCUACAGUGAGCGGUGCAAACACAGCUUCCAACACUCCCAAACAAACUGGCUUCUAUGGCAGUGAUCAUGACCGCCAAGUCUCUGGAUCCCAUCCGACGAGUCCUGGCUCAUUUGUGUCGGGAUCAUCUGGCACGACUACGCCUGCCAUAGGCCGCUCACGAACAGAGACCAGAUUGAUGCAACAGAAAGCACUUGCCGAAAGGGAAGAUUUGCAAGAGCGCGAACCUCCCGCCCUACCCGCCUGGCAAUACGACCGUCUGAACAAGUCGCUCAAAUCUUCUCUCAAUCCAACACGGCUUCCCACCAAGGACAAUCCCAAAGGCGGUUUGAUCUUCCCCGGGCCUGAGGCUUUCCAGGGCCGCUUUCGGGUCACCAACACUGAGCUACGAGUUGUUCAGAAAUUUCGUGACCCAAUCGGUGAGUCGAUCGCACGCCUCCGACUGGUCAAAGGAUCCAAGGUGCACCAGCGCGCUCUGGCACAGAAGAAGACGGGACCUUCGAUGCCGUCAAGCAGGAACACGGUCUCGGUUCCGUCUGCGGAGAAGAGCAGUAGUAAUACCAAUGUUGCCAAGUCUGCAUCGCCACCUUAUGUUAGCAGCCCUCUGAAGCGGCCAGCCACCAACGGUGAGCAGAGCGUAGCAAUGCUCGGAAACGGCCGACAGAGGCCCAAGAGUCAACUGGACCUCGCUCGUGCUCCACCACGGAUGCGUGACUUUGAUCGAGCCGACCAGCCGAACGAAGACAUACUGCGUGCAUUGUGGGAUCAUUGUCUGGAACCCAACGAGAAGAGCAACUUUCACUAG